AUGAAUAUGUUGGAUGAUGAAGAUGACCAAAGCUUUCACGCUACGCGUGACGGCUACUCCCAUUUGAGCGAUGUCGAAUGGGAUGCGGUUGAACGAAUGGGUUCGACCAUGGGCAUCCAUGCUGUUAGCGUCAUGCUAGAGGCUCUCAAUAGAGAUGCCCAACAUGCUACUAUCGCCAAGUUCAUUCAAAAUGAACUUGACGCAGAACGCGAGAAAGUAGCCUUGCUUCACCAACAAGGUUCUCAACAAGCAGAGUUGUUGAGAGAACAGGGUGCUCAACAGUUUGAACUGUUGAGACAGCAGCAGGCUGCUGCUGGUGGGUCGAUGCACUCGCGUCGACCCGAGACCUUGAAGAUUGACAUCUCCAAGUAUAGGGGAGUCGAAGAGGACUCCCUUUUGAGAUGUUUCGUCGAAUUGGAUGACGCCAUAAGGGCGCGUCGCAUCGACGACGGGGAUAUGCAAGUUGCAUUUGCCCAAUCAUAUCUGGCAGGACGUGCCAAGACUUGGGCACUGGGGCUCAAGUUGCACGACCCAUAUGCGUUUGGGUCGUUGGAAGUCUUCAAGUCGCGGCUCAGACAAACGUUGAAACCACCUAGAGCUGAGUUCAGGGCUCGAACUAGGAGUUCCAACUCGGUUGAUGAACACACGUUGGUUUCGGUGUUCAUGCAGGGUCUUGCGGAUGGUCCCGUCAAGACUCACCUGUUCCGGCUUGAACUAGAUUCACUAGAACAAGCCAUUUCAAUUGCGGAGCAGGAAGACUUCAGUCUGAGACAGGCUCGCGCCAGCUCGACAUCAUAUCGUCAACCGAGACGAUAUGACAACGGAGGUCCAGAGCCGAUGGAACUCUGUUAUGUAGAGAGCGAGAAGGCUCGCUCUACAGGCUACAAGAGGUUGCAGAGAUGCAACAGAUGUCAAAAGACAGGACACUACGCUGUGUAG